AUUUACAUUUAUACAAUUUUACAAGAGAGAGCGAGACAAAAGAGUAGCUUCGCCAGUUGUGUUGUGAGAUUUGCAGGAAGAAUGAUAAAGGCGGUAAUGGUGAUUAACACCCUCGGCAAGCCUCGCCUUUCGAAAUUUUAUGAAUUUCAGCCAGCGGAGAAGCAACAGGAGCUCAUACGCCAUGUCUACGCAGUCUUAAGCAACAGGCCUGACAAUGUGAGCAAUUUUAUUCGGAGCUUAGGGGCAAUUUUCGGUCCGGAUACAAGGCUCGUGUAUAAGCAUUAUGCUACCUUAUAUUUCGUGUUUCUAUUUGAUAACUCUGAGAAUGAGUUGGCCAUGCUCGACUUAAUACAAGCAGUUUUUGUGGAAACACUGGACAAAUGCUUCAGAAGUGUAUGCGAGCUUGAUGUAGUAUUCAAUUAUAGCAAGAUGCAUACCAUUCUAGAUGAAAUAAUUUUAGGUGGUCAAGUGCUAGAAACAGAUUCUGUUGUAGUCGUGAGAGCAGUUGAAGAGAUUUCAAAAUUAGAGUCAACCACAAGUGCUGGCACAUUUAUCAACAAAUCUAUUCCGUCUUGGUGGGCUAGUUAACACAUGGUUCCUCUGUACAUUACCAUAUCUUAUUGUGUUGAAAAUGAACUAUAUUGAAUACGACAUUUAUACCCUUUCAGUGUGCCAUGUUAACUGACUUCACAAUUCGUAAUAUAGCUGGAUACACCCUUCUCUGA